UCAGUAUUGAAGGAUAUGCCGGGUACAAUAUGGAGGUGUAUUGAAUGCAGAGAUAACACAUCGGACCAGACCGACUGCACAGCUGUCCCAGAAUUCACUGACGGUUCCUCUACUCCUCGGGGAUAUCCUGCUGAUGAUGCGAGAAUUGUUUGUGAGGAUGAUUUGGAUACGAUGAUCCGGUUGGUUCAAGAGAUCCAGAGACUCCUAGACUCCGUCAAUUUCUGCUCAGAUAAGUAUAGAAAUCUUGAAGCGACUUUGAGAGAAAUAUUAAGUGUUACGACUCAUUACCAUGGUUUACAAGUUUUGAAGGACACUUAUAUUUUCAACGAUGGAACUCCAAUGGAACUAGUACAGCUUAAUGGCACAAUACCUGUAAGGUUCAAGGGCGCAGUUUAUAACAUUCCUGUUUGUAUAUGGUUAAUGGACACACAUCCCAAUAAUGCCCCAAUAUGUUAUGUGAGACCAACAGCUGACAUGUCGAUCAAAGUUUCCAUGUUUGUUGAUCAGAAUGGAAAAAUAUAUUUACCAUAUCUUCAUGAUUGGAAACCAAAUACUUCUGACUUAUUGGGUCUGAUUCAAGUUAUGAUUGUAACAUUUGGGGAGCAGCCUCCAGUUUUUGCAAAACCUCAAAAUAAAGAGAUACCACCUUAUCCUAUGAAUUCUUUCGGUAGUAAUGCCUACAUGCCAUAUCCCAACAACCCUUAUCCUCAAUCAAAUUAUCCUGGAUAUCCUAGUUAUCCCCCAACAAAUUCACAGUCAACAGGAAGUUACCCACCGCCAUAUCCUACAUCAUACUCAGGCUAUCCAACACCGGGUGGGUUUGGAAGUGUUAAUUCAGUGUCGACACCUGGUGGAACAGGAACAAUCAAAGAUGAACACAUUAGGGUUUCUCUUUUAUCUGCAAUAGAAGAUAAAUUAUUGCGAAGAAUGAAAGAGGUAUUUCAACAAAAUCAGGCCGAAUUGGACACCUUGAGGAGGACGCAAGAUGAAUUGAAGCAAGGGAAAGCAAAACUGGAUGUUAUUUUGAGCAAAUUGGAAAAAGAGCAGAAUGAUUUGGAUAAAAAUAUAACCCUUUUGAAAGAUAAGGAAGAGGAACUUGAUAAGGCUAUACAAAGAAUUAGUAAUGAAGAACCAAUAGACGUUGAUGAAGCUGUUACAACAACUGCUCCUUUAUAUAAGCAAUUAUUGAACGCAUUUGCUGAAGAAGCAGCACUUGAAGAUGCUAUAUAUUAUAUGGGAGAGGCAUUAAGGUGUGGAGUUGUUGACCUUGAUGUGUUUUUACGCCAGGUUAGAACUUUAUCAAGAAAACAAUUCAUCUUGAGAGCUCUCAUGCAAAAAUGUCGUCAAAAAGCUGGUCUAGCGAUUUAGUGUAACCUGAUAAUAACUCAUUUAAUUAUGAAAUAGGCAUUUUUAUCUUUUAAGUGUAUUAAAUAUUGUGAUUGUGCUUCAAGUUACAAAUGUGUAUUAGAAAAGAAUAGAAAAUAUAUAAAUUAUAUUUUGCAAAAUAAAAUUCUAUGUUAUUAA